CGGAGUCACCUUGGUCCCCUCCCCCCACCCGUCAUGGCGGCGGCGGCCGGGAAGCCCAAGACCUCCCCCAAGUCCGUCAAGUUCCUCUUCGGGGGCCUGGCCGGCAUGGCAGCCACGGUGUUUGUGCAGCCCUUGGACCUGGUGAAGAACCGCAUGCAGCUGAGUGGCGAAGGCGCCAAGACGAAAGAGUACAAGACGAGCUUCCAUGCCGUGGGCAGCAUCCUCCGCAAGGAGGGCGUCCGGGGCAUCUAUACCGGGCUGUCGGCAGGUCUCCUGCGCCAGGCCACGUACACCACCACCCGCCUGGGCAUCUACACGAUCCUCUUUGAGAAGCUCACGGGGGAGGACGGGCGGCCGCCCAACUUCUUGGUCAAGGCGCUGAUUGGAAUGACGGCGGGGGCCGUGGGGGCCUUCGUGGGCACGCCGGCUGAGGUGGCGCUCAUCCGGAUGACAGCCGACGGCAGGCUCCCCCCAGACCAAAGAAGAGGGUAUACAAACGUCUUCAACGCGCUGCUGAGGAUCACCCGCGAGGAGGGAGUGCCCACACUCUGGAGAGGUUGUGUGCCCACCAUGGCCCGGGCAGUGGUGGUCAACGCCGCCCAGCUGGCCUCUUACUCCCAGUCCAAGCAGCUCUUACUGGACUCUGGUUACUUCCGGGACAACAUCCUCUGCCACUUUUGCGCCAGCAUGAUCAGUGGGUUGGUGACGACAGCAGCCUCCAUGCCCGUGGACAUCGCCAAGACUAGGAUUCAGAACAUGCGGAUGAUCGAUGGAAAGCCGGAGUAUCGGAACGGGCUGGACGUGCUGAUGAAGGUUGUCCGCUAUGAGGGCUUCUUCAGCCUGUGGAAGGGCUUCACCCCCUACUACGCCCGCCUCGGCCCCCACACAGUCCUCACCUUCAUCUUCUUGGAGCAGAUGAACAAGUUCUACCAGAAGUACUUUCUCAGUGCCUGAGGGCAGAAGCCACGGC